GCUGGAGAUACUGGGGCGUGCGUGUAGGGCUUGGCUUGAGGGUGUGGUUCGGUUGUUUUCACGACAGUGACAGAGCGCACCGCCGCCAUGUCUGAAUCAUACGACUUUUUGUUCAAGUUCCUCGUGAUUGGCAACGCCUCCACCGGCAAAUCCUGCCUGCUGCACCAGUUUAUCGAGAGCAAAUUCAAAUCCGAAUCCUCGCACACAAUCGGCGUGGAAUUUGGUUCCAAGGUCGUCAACUGUGGUGGCAAGACUGUCAAGCUCCAAAUCUGGGACACGGCUGGUCAAGAGCGCUUCCGCUCGGUAACGCGCAGCUACUACCGCGGUGCCGCCGGUGCACUUCUGGUCUACGACAUUGCCAACCGCGAAAGCUACAAUGCGCUGACCAACUGGCUGACAGAUGCCCGCACCAUGGCCUCACCUGAUAUUGUCAUCGUGCUUGUCGGCAACAAGAAGGACCUUGAGGCGGACCGUGAGGUGACCUUCCUCGAGGCCUCUCGCUUUGCCCAGGAGAACGAGCUCAUGUUUCUGGAGACGAGCGCUCGCACCGGCGAAAACGUCGAAGAGGUCUUCCUCAAGUGUGCACGUACCAUCCUUUCCAAGAUUGAGGCCGGCCAAUUGGAUCCCGAGCGAAUGGGCUCAGGCAUCCAAUACGGUGACUCUUCACUUCGGAAGCUGAAGCAGCCGGCCGAGGAUAAGGGCGGCUGCAGCUGCUAAAGGAGUUAGGCCUGAAUCGGUGCCUUGUACCGCCCCCUUGUUCUCUUUAUCGUCGUGUUUUCCGGCUGGCUUUCUUGUCCCUUGUUACGUAUUUCGUCAGUUUUGUCCCUUUCUAUCCUCCUUUCCCACUUGUUGCUCCUCUACGCCCUCUGCUUCUUAUUCUUCGCCUCAUCAGACCGUGGGCUGCCGUGCCACGCUCUUUGUGUGGACAUGCCGCCAAUGCGCCAGCCCAUAUUGAGCACUGUUCGCCGCGCAGUCGUGUCUCGGUCUCUUGCCGCCACUUUUUGUUACACAACCGCGAUUGUGAUCAUUGGUAGUUGUCUCUCUCGUCGUCACGACGAGUCAAUUUGAACAUUUUGUGAUC